AUGGGUAGCACGCCGGCCAAGCCCAUGCCCUCGGCCCUGACUUUUGACCUGCAUGCCAAAUGCUCCACAACAAAAGCCCGCGCAAGCACGCUGCAUCUCCCGCACGGAGCCGUGCCUCUGCCCAUCUUCAUGCCCGUCGCAACCCAGGCGUCGCUCAAGGGGCUGACAUAUGACCAACUCCGGAAUACCGGGUGCAUGCUCUGCCUGAACAAUACAUAUCACCUGGGUCUAAAACCCGGGCAGGCGGUGCUCGAUCAGGUUGGUGGUGCGCAUCGGUUGCAGGGCUGGGAUCGGAAUCUUUUGACGGAUAGCGGGGGGUUCCAGAUGGUCUCGCUGCUGAAACUGGCCAAGGUGACUGAAGAAGGCGUGCGGUUUCUCAGUCCGCAUGAUGGCACGCCAAUGCUCCUCACCCCCGAACAUUCCAUCUCUCUACAAAACUCCAUCGGCUCAGACAUCAUCAUGCAACUCGACGAUGUCAUCGCCACAACAACCCCAGACGCUGCCAGGAUGCAAGAAGCCAUGGAACGCUCUGUACGCUGGCUAGACCGCUGUAUCGAUGCACACAAGUACCCGGAACGGCAAAACCUGUUUUGCAUUAUCCAAGGCGGGCUUGAUUUAGAUCUGCGUCGGCGGUGCUGUGAGGAGAUGGUUGCGCGCGAUACGCCGGGGAUUGCGAUUGGAGGACUGUCUGGGGGGGAAGCGAAAGCUGAGUAUUGUAAAGUUGUCGACACAUGUACGAGCCUGCUCCCCGACGACAAGCCGCGAUAUGUAAUGGGCGUGGGAUACCCCGAAGACCUCGUCGUCUCCGUCGCUCUCGGCGCGGACAUGUUUGACUGCGUCUGGCCGACACGAACUGCUCGCUUCGGCAACGCCAUCACUCCGCACGGCGUAAUCAACCUCCGAACCACCACCUUCGCCAACGACUUUGCGCCCAUCCAGCAGGACUGUACAUGUCCAUGCUGCCGACCCAAAACGGACGGUGGGUUGGGCAUCACCAGAGCGUUUUGCCAUCAUCUCGCGUCAAAGGAGACUGUCGGUGCACAUUUGUUUGUCUUUCCCAAAAACUAUUCCAGUAGAGUGAAACUCUCACUAAUGAGCUCUAUCCGACAAGCCAUCCUAGAAGACCGAUUCCCAACAUUCCUACUCGAGUUUUUCGAUAAAUUUUACGGCUCGCGACUGAAAUCGCCGCAGUGGGCGGUGGAUGCAUUGCGUGGAGUUGGCGUUGACCUUUUACAAGAAUAG